AUGGGACUUUGCUUGUCCCGGAAGGAGGGGCCACUGUACCAAGAAUACAAGGCAUGUCUUCCGCCCAUGCAGGGCAAGGUGGUUGCUAUCACAGGUUGUACAUCAGGCACUGGCCUCGUUUUUGCACGGACCCUUGCACAAGCAGGAGCUGAAGUCAUCAUGCUUAACAGGUCUUCCAAAAGAGCUGAUGAUGCCUUGAAGGACGUGCAAGCUUUGACGUCGCAGGUGACUUUCAUUGAGUGUGACCUCAUGAGUUUUGCCAGCGUAAGGAAGGCAGCAAUUGAGCUGAACCAGAGGUUCGCAUCCAAAGGCCUCGAUGUUCUUUGCAACAACGCAGGAGUUUCAACCCAACCGGAUCAAGCCACAGUAGAUGGCUAUGAUCCCCAAAUGCAAACUAACCAUCUGUCACACUUCCUCUUGACGCAGCAAGUCUGGCCUCUACUUUUGAAAGCGGCUGAUCUUCGAGGGGAAUCCCGAGUGGUGAACCACAGCAGUGGCAUCCGCCACGCGCAUAAGCAGCCCUUCGAUGUAAAGUACUAUGGAAAGAACGGCGGUCAGCUCGGAGGAGACGACGAAAGCUUCAUGGAGACCAUCACCUUUCACCCGCCCGGACUUGAACGCUACAGCCAUUCAAAGCUUGCCAACCUCAUCUUCACCUACGCACUGGAUGACCGGAUUCGCCAGAAGGGUCUUAAGGUGAAGGCCCUUUGUGCCAAUCCAGGCUUCACCGCCACUCGCCUGGUCGCGAAUUCCGAACGUUUGAGGUCCUGGUCGGAUUUCAUGGCCCGGCUCGCACAGUCCGAGGAGGACGGCACGUUGGGCAUCCUGCGCUGCGCCUGCGAUCCUUUAGCCCAGUCCGGUGACUUCUUCAGCCCCCCGGGCGGUCCUAUGGCGACGACCGGCCCAGCAGUUCUUCUGGAUCGUGAAGAUGACCUCAUCACGCCGGAGAUGCGCGAGCUGGUUUGGAGAGCAAGUGAGGAGGCGGCCGGCGAGCGCUUCGAUGGACGCAUGGGUGGAUGGAUGGACGGAGUUAACCAUGCCAUGAACGAUGGACAGACGGAAGGGAGUGAGGUAGGUAUGACAGAGCAAGAGCCACAGGAACGUCAUGGGUUGCUGGCAUCGGAGCCCCGGCAAAGCGAGCCUGUGUUGGGAGGUGCUUUGGUUUCCUGGAACACAUUCUGGGUGGUCGUGUUCCCCUUGCUCAUCGCCGCCGUGGUCGUGCCGUGGCUUCUUGAUCAUCGGAUCAUUUCGGAAGUCGUCGUCGGCCUCAUUGUCCUCUACUUGAUGAUCGAGGGCAUGAUUUUGGUGUGCUUCCCCCGAGCCUUCCAACUCUGGGCGCUCCAAAGGCCCUGGAACUUCCUCGUUCGCCUCUUGUUGCCGCCCAUUGAGAUCUUGGACAGCAUCGGGGCGGGCGGCACCGACCUCUCGAUGUUCACCUAUCGCCAGUGGGGGGAGAAUCUCUGUGCCAGUGGACAAGUCUGGCUGGGGAGUCAUGCCGUGGUUUCCAAAGCCUUGACAAGCCCCCAGGCCCGCAACCAUUGGCUGGGCGAACACCCGCUUCUUCGCAGUGCCCUGCCGGAAGGUGACACCGGCCGCUGUGUUUUCCUCUUGAGCCUCUCCGGCAAGGCUGCCGGGGGCACGGGCGACCACGAGGCCUUCCGCAAGUGCAUGAUCGACACCUUGUUCAACGACGCCGCCAUGAGAAGGGAGACGGAUGAUCUUUCACAGUCCUACAUGGAGCAGGCUGCGGAGGAUUUCGUGAAGAUGACUUCCUACAACUUCUAUCAUGCAUCCGAUGGUGGCAACACAAGCUUUUGGAUCAAGUACUUGCACCACGUGAUCUUUGGCAUGGACGUCCGAAAUCCUCAGGAGGUGACGGCACUCUACUCCUUCCUCUUUGGCAGCAUGGCCCUGACGCACUACCUCGAACCCUUCGGUCGCCUACCUUGCAUCUCACAGCAUAAAACCAUCGACGAGGUGGCAGACCUCUACGAGAAGUCCCCGGCGUUUGCCAACUUCAAGGUCAAGCCAGAGUACAACAACAUGACUGCCAGAGAGCUUGCUGUUCUCAUGACCGCAAUCAUGCGCAUCGCGGGCAUCCAGGGCUCCCGCAUGUUGAUGUGGCUCUGCACGUCCGGAGAUAAGCAUGGCAACCUCCAGACCGACAUCCGCCCGAUAUGGGACUCGCUGAACUUGGACGAUGAUGAUGAACUCGAGAGGUUCGUCCUCGAGGUCUCCAGACUCUCCCCUCCCGUGACCAUCUCCCACCGAAUUGCCCAAGAGGAUUUCUCCUGCGAGAUCAAGGGCAAAAGCUACACCUUCCCCAAGGGAACCAACGUGGCCAUCCCGAUUGUCUAUGCCAACAUUGACGAGGCAGCUUGGGGCCCCGAUGUCUGGGAGUUCAACCACAACCGGCCCGGCCUCAAAGAGAAGCAGGUGAGCUUCAACUCCGUGAACGGCGUGGGCGAUCGUGAAUGUCCUGGCAAAGGCUUGGUACUGAGGAGUAUGAUUCGCCUGCUCCGGAUCGUUGGCAAGAAGAGGAGGCAGCAAAGCGCGGCUCAGAACGUCUGA